AUGAAGGAUUAUGUAAAGUUUGAAGAAGUGAAAGUUGACGCUGAGGAGGUUAUUAAUUGUUCAUUUUCAAAGUGGGCAAAGCUAUUUCCAAAGAAUUUGUUUCCAUAUAGGGUGAUAGAGGCACUUCCUGAUGAGUUUAUAAAGUAUUUACUAAGUGAUGGAGUGAGAUUGCCUUGGGAAAAUAAUGAGGUAGAGUUGGAUCGGAACAGUGAGAAUGAAUAUAGCGACUGGGAGGGAGAAACAGAGGGGGAAGGGGCAGAGGGAAAAGGGGCAGAUUUGGAAGAGGCAUAUUUGGAAGAGGCAGAUUUGGAAGAGGCAUAUUUGGAAGAGGCAGAUUUGGAAGAGGCGGAUUUGGAAGGGGGUUUAGGAUUUUCCGAAUUAUCUGGCAAAAUCACCCAGCAUAUCCACGAUCUUGGAGGCAAAGUUUUACCAAAACUAAACUGGUCGAGUCCCAAAGAUGCAAGUUGGUUAAUGCCCGGUAAUACCAUGCAGUGUAGCAAAGUGGAUGACGUUUUUUUGUUACUCAAAUCGUCAGACCACAUUGUUGAUGAUUUAGCAUAUCUGUUCCUGGAAGUUAAACAGGAGCAGAGCACAGAGGUCGAGGACAAGGUUAGUUGUGAGUUGGAGGUUAAGGACAAGGUUUGUUAUGAAUUGGUAUUGAAGCAAUGGCAAGAUAUCAACCCUGCACUAGAGUUUCGAGUUUUCAUAAGAGAUGAAAAGAUAUUGGGAGUUUCACAACGUGAUUUGAAUCAUUAUGAAUUUUUAAAAGAUUUAAAGGAGGAGUUGAAAGAGGUGAUUGAGACAUUUGUAGAUGACAAGAUUAUAACAACACUACGGUCAUCCAAAAAUAGUUUGAGCAAAUGUAUUGUGGAUUUGUAUCUACCUCGUCCUUUCGAUCAAACAUUUAUUAUCGACAUCAACCCUUUUCUGAGAAAAACUGAUUCCUUGUUAUUUACUUGGAACGAGUUACUACUUAUAGAUCCAUCUUUAUUGGGGAAAAACAGUUUUGAAUUGCGAUUAAUUGAUCAGACAAAUAUCGGUGCAUUUGCCAAAAAACAGUAUAGUGAAAGUCAGGUGCCCAUCGAUGUCAUUGGUGCGACUCAUGAUAGCGAAGCUUUAGUUGAAUUAGCACGAGAGUGGCAAAAACUACAACUAUCGAGCGAAGCGAGAUAG